AUGCAGGGUCUAGAUUCCAUCCGGCCUGUUCCAGCGGGCCCCGCGGAGGGCAAACCGUCACUCACUGCGCCCGCGCCAGCGCCGGAAGCCGCCAGCCAUGCUAUCGCGGAAGAACAUGCGGGCGCCGCCAGCGGUACGAGCGGCGCGGAAGGCGGCGCCCCCGCAACGUCGGCGCCUGGCGGAAGGGGACAGCGGGGUGGGCGAGGGCGACAGCGGGGUGGUCGAGGGCGCGGAAGGGGAGGGGCGGGCGCGGAGAGCGGAGGGGAUGGAGGAGAGAGCGGGAGCGGUGAUGUGACCAACCAUCUCGGCGGAAAUGCGGAGGUCAGCGGCGGAGACGGAGGAGGCGGAGGCGGGGGAGGGUGCGGAGUUAUGGGGGGAGGCGUGACGGGAAGUCGUGGCGGCGCGGGUGGCGGCGCGCAGUGCUCGUGCGUGUCGUUUUCCCCGGAGAUGCAGCGCGCUUUCUUCGAGCUGCACGCGCUGCGGCUCGGAACGGACAAGGCGACGUACGGCGACACACUCGAGUGGCUGCUGAACGCCGCGAAACCCGCUAUCGAGCAGCUUAAAACGGGGACGGGAGGAGUGGGGGCAGGAGGCGGGGCGCGUUCCGCUAAGAGCGGCAAGAGGAGAAACCGCAAUCGACGUAAACAGGGGCAGAUGGGGGAUCAGCAGGGCGCGGGAGGGGAGGGGGGAGCGGAGGGCGGAGCGGGAGGAGCAGAAGGAGGGGGUGUAGGAGGGGGGGAGGGAGGGGGAGUGGGAGGGGGGGAGGGAGGGGGAGUGGGAGGAGCAAGUGCGGUGCUGUUGUGUGUGAUGCACGAGAGUGCGGUGCUGUUGUGUGGUGCUGGCUCGGUGGGUGCAAAAGAGGAGAGUGUGUCAAUGCACUCGAGGUAUGCUCUUUUACGGUAG